UUUGUGUUUGACAACUUUGGGGUUUAACCCGGGCAUCACGAAACUGAUGAAAGAGCAGCUGGUUUAAACCCCCCCUGAGACUCGACAGAAAAAAGAGAGAGAGGUCAGAGGAGUAAUUGUGGAAGGAAAAGAAGAAGGAAGAAGAAGAAUUGUGCAGUGAAUCAGUCAAUGGGAAGUAAAACGGCAACAGAAGCCCAGAAAUACGUAUGGGAAGGAGCCAUCCCUCUUCAAAUCCAUCUUCAUGAAUCUGAAGUCACCACUCUUCCUCCCCCUUCCCCUGCCCUGAUUUUGGCUCCUCGCAUAGGAUAUCUGCCUCUCUUGGUGCCACAAAUUAAACCUUUCUUCAGCAGUACGCUUCCUCCUGGUUCUGACACUGUCUGGUUUGAGUACCAAGGAUUGCCUCUCAAAUGGUAUAUUCCCACAGGAGUACUUUAUGACCUUCUUUGUGCAGAACCGGAAAGGCCCUGGAAUCUCACGGUACAUUUUAGAGGAUAUCCAGGAAAUAUUCUAACUCCAUGUGAAGGUGAAGAUAGUGUAAAAUGGAGCUUUAUUAAUUCAUUGAAAGAGGCAGCGUACAUAGUCAAUGGUAACUGCAAAAAUGUGAUGAAUAUGUCGCAAUCUGAUCAGUCAGAACUUUGGCGCUCUGUCCUUAAUGGUAACUUGGAAGCCUAUAUCCGGGUUUCAUCAAAGCUGAAACUUGGCUUAGGUGGAGAUGACUUUUCAAUAAAGUUGAACACAUCCUCUUUAAAAUAUCGGCAAAGUGCUGCUGAUGCAGAAGCUAGUGCAACAAUUAAAGCAGGUAGAAUUCCUGUUAGGUUGUAUGUUCGACGUGUCAAUGAAGAUUUUGAUGAUGUGGAAGACGCGCCUCUGGUUGAUAAUUGGGAUAAAGUGUCUUAUAUAAACCGCCCGGUUGAGAUUCAUGACAAUGGGAAAUGCUUCACAUUGGGCGAUGCUGUCAAAGCCCUUCUUCCAGAGCUUUUUCCUGACAAAUCUUUGCCUAAUGAUAGCAUGUCUUUGCCUCAAGUGGAGGAUGGAGAGGGAUCAGCAUUAGAAGAGGCAAGCGACACAGGCAGUGCAAGAAGUCCAGAAGAUACAGGAGAAUCAGUGCGUGAAUGUCAGGAUUCCUGCUCUCUAUCAGAGACGGCUGAUGUAAAGCUCAUUCGCAUUCAAGGAAUUGAACCAAAGUUGGAGAUUCCCUUUGCAUGGGUGGUAAACAACUUGAUGAAUCCUGAGCACUUCCUUCAUAUUAGUGUAUAUGUCAGAGUUCAAGAACCAAUUACCGUAUGAUAUGGCAUGUCUCUCUUCAUACCCUACCCAAGUCUCCCCGUUGUAUUUUUUCUCUCACAUUUUUGGAAGCGUAAUUCUUUUUUUUGGCUGUACAGUGUACAGAACAGUUAAAAAUGUGAAUGGAUUGGUUCUUUGCCGAUUAUUGGUCAUAUACAACUUCAUCAGUUGCAUUAUCGCUUGUGAAAUUUCAGCAGUGCUUUGAUGGUUUAA